GCAAGACCAACGACCGUAAACGUCCGAUUGUUAGAAAAAUACUCCGCUCGAACAGUUACUAGUUACUUGCAACCACCGCCAGCAUCGUCUGACAUGGCUUCCUAUGCCAUCAGGAAAUCUAUAAACCUCGCACCGACUGUGCGCGCGCUCCCAAAUGGAAUCCCGAGCGCGCCGCGUCUCAAUCUCGUGGUACGAGCACCUUCGGAUGGCCAUGGUCAUGGUGCGGCAGGUCCCCGUGCUGAUGUCCCCACACGCUUGACUGGAACAGUCACGAGUCCUUCAGUUGGUCUAGUUUCCAAGACUUUUGUUGCUCCUCCCCCCACAACCCAUCUUCACCAGCGCCUCAUCCACACAUCUGUUGCAGUGAAAGAUGCCCCUCAAGUGCCUGAUUUCACCCCAUACACCCCGAAAGACGAAACCACCAACCGUGCCAUGUCGUACUUCAUGGUUGGCUCUCUCGGUGUCCUCUCCGCUUCUGUUGCCCAGUCCACUAUUACUGGCUUCCUGGAGACCAUGGCUGCAUCGGCUGACGUCCUCGCUCUCGCGAAGACCGAGGUAGAACUUGCCAGCAUUCCGGAGGGCAAGAAUGUCAUCAUCAAAUGGCGCGGAAAACCUGUGUUCAUCCGUCACAGGACCCCCGAUGAGAUAGAAGAGGCACGGACUGUUGAUUUGAAGGCACUCAGGGACCCUCAAAGGGAUGAGGACCGAGUGAAGAAGCCCGAAUGGCUGGUUAUGCUUGGCGUUUGCACACACCUAGGUUGUGUCCCGAUUGGCGAGUCGGGUGACUACGGAGGAUGGUUCUGUCCAUGUCAUGGUUCUCACUACGAUAUUUCUGGUCGUGCCCGGAAGGGACCUGCUCCGCUUAAUUUAGAGAUUCCUCCUUAUGACUUCAAUGACGCCGAGGGAAAGCUCGUUGUUGGAUGAGAUUAAUCAUGUGCUGUUUUUACUGUCCUGUCAUGGAGUCAUAGACAUCACUAGAAGUCAGCUUGCAGUUGCCUCUUGUCAAGAUUUGUGUGAUAAUUAUUGCUGAGGUGUUCUGAGUAUAAGUGACAGCGGCAGGUACACAGUACAGUGAGAUAGACAAAAGACACUGUAGCACAUGCUCUCAAUGCUGUAUAACACUUCUGUGCAUACCCGCCAAUUUGGACCUCUCAAAAUCUACAACUCCCUCAGUUUUCAAGUAAAUGAAAAUCGCUUCAGAGAAAACAAAUUUUGCACACAGUAAGCGGUGAAAUGCACCAUGGCACUCCCACAAAUGUCCCACUCAGGUGCUUAUGG